CACGCAUCUUGAAGCAUGGUGCCAACCAGCCCGAUCCUGCGCGCGCUCUGGAUGCCCGAGGUCCUCCGCAGCAUCGUCGCCUUCCAGGACGGUACGCCCGAGGAGUUCGUGCCCUUCGUCGUCGCCUACGACAACACCUCGCUCUGCCUCCGCUACGACGACCGCCCGGCCUUUUUGCUCCUGCUCGCCACGUCCGGCGUCCGCGGCUUGCGCUGGGUCCACCGCCACCGCGCCGACUACAUGUCGAUCGAAGUGCCCGAGUACGUUGCCGCCUCGGGCAACAUCGACGCGCUGCGCUACGUGCACGACGAGGCGGCGAUGCCAUUGACCGACCUCGUGCUGGCCGCGGCCGCCGAGCAAGGCCACUUGGCCAUGCUGCGCGCAAUCCUCGACCUGUGCCCCGAUUUGGACUGUACGAAGGCGCUCAACCUCGCGGCCGAGAAUGGCCACGGCCAUAUCGUCGCGUACCUCGUUGAGACACUUGGCGUCGAUGGCUCGGCGUACGCUUUGGAGCGCGCGGCCCGCCAUGGGUACAUUGCGAUCGUGCGCAUGCUCGUGUCGGCCAAAGGCAUCCGACCGCGCGACUGCAAGACCGCCAUGGAGUACGCGUGGCGCUUCCAGCACACACAUGUCAUGGACCUGCUGCACGAGCGGGCGUUGGUCCCGUACCCGCCGCCGCCAAGCCGAACCGACGUCGCGCUUCCGAUCGCUGCGGUCGCGGCCAUGACUGUCCUCGCAUGGCUCUUUGCGUAGAGCAACGACGACUAGUAUAUAUUUACGCCACCCCAAUAAUCUAAAUACGACGCAACCUCACGUCGCUUCAUCUUGCAGA